UAGAGGGAGAGAGAGAGAGAGAGAGGAGAGAGAGUAUUUAUAGUUUUAGGGGGCGUGUGGGCGUGGGUCUGCAGCAGGAAGCAAACAACGAGGCCGGCCCUGCUCCCUCUGAGAUUCCUCUUUCUUCCUCCCCAUUUUUAGGGUUUUCUUUUUCUUCUUGUUGUUUUUUACUUAGCCUGAAAACCCUAGGAACCCCGUAAUUCGUGCGAGAGAGAUAGUGAAGGAGAGGAGAGAGGGAGAGUUUCUGGUGCUCGCGUAUCCUUCCUUGACGCCGUCUUGAGGUUGGUGGAGGGAUCUUUCUUCUCUCUACCAUUUGACGGCGAUGGCGGAAGUGAAGAACGAGGAUCGGAGCGAGAGCAGCGACUACACGUCGGAGGACGAGGGAACGGAGGAUUACCGGAGGGGAGGAUACCACGCCGUCCGGAUCGGUGACACCUUCAAGGGUGGGUGCUACGUCGUGCAGAGCAAGCUUGGCUGGGGUCAUUUCUCCACUGUCUGGCUCGCCUGGGACACGCAGCAUAACAGAUAUGUAGCACUGAAAGUUCAGAAGAGUGCACAACACUACACAGAGGCUGCCAUGGAUGAGAUUACAAUUCUUAAGCAAAUAGCGGAGGGUGACCCAGAUGAUAGCAAAUGUGUUGUAAAGUUACUGGACCAUUUCAAGCAUUCCGGACCAAAUGGGCAACAUGUCUGCAUGGUUUUUGAAUACCUUGGAGAUAAUCUGCUGACGCUCAUAAAGUAUACCGACUACAGGGGUGUGCCACUCCAUAUGGUGAAAGAACUUUGUAGCUAUAUUUUGGUUGGGUUGGAUUAUUUGCAUCGGCAGCUCUCUGUCAUACAUACUGAUCUGAAACCAGAAAAUAUUUUACUUCUCUCUAUGAUAGACCCGUCCAAGGACCCAGGGCAGUCAGGUGCUCCCCUGGUCCUUCCAAUUAAUAAGGAUAAGACGACCUUGAACUCUGCUGUUGUAAAAGAUAUGAAGAGCUCGAAUGGAGAUUUGACAAAAAAUCAGAAGAAGAAGAUCAAGAGGAGGGCCAAGAAGGCAGCACAAGAUUGUGUUGGCAGCGGAGGCAAUCAAGAUGUAGAGCUGGAUGGCCGGACUGACCCAAUUGGUGAAGAUUCUGCCAAUGAAAAGGUGGAUGGAAAAUUGCCACAGGAUCUAGCUGAAAGUUCUACUAACAAAGCCAGCUUACUGGAUUCUAAUGAUAGAAAGGAAGCACAGCGCGGGAACCACACACAUAGAAGAGGAAGCCGUUCUACUCGACAAAAGCUCCUGACUUCACUUGACCUGAAGUGCAAAUUGGUUGAUUUUGGAAAUGCUUGUUGGGUCUACAAGCAGUUCACAAGUGACAUUCAGACACGUCAGUAUAGGUGUCCGGAGGUCCUCCUUGGUUCUAAAUACUCCACCUCUGCAGAUCUAUGGUCCUUUGCAUGCAUCUGUUUUGAGCUUGCAACUGGAGAUGUUCUUUUUGAUCCUCACAGUGGAGACAACUUUGACAGGGAUGAGGACCAUCUUGCAUUGAUGAUGGAACUCCUUGGGAUGAUGCCUCGCAAAAUUGCUCUAGGUGGUCGGUAUUCACGGGAAUUUUUUAACAGACAUGGGGACUUGAGACAUAUAAGACGUUUGCGCUUCUGGCCUUUGGAUAAAGUGCUUGUUGAGAAGUAUUCAUUCAGCGAGCAAGAUGCAAAUGACAUGGCAAAUUUCCUUAUUCCAAUACUGGACUUCGUUCCAGAGAAGAGACCAACUGCAGCUCAAUUGCUGCUUCACCCAUGGCUCAAUGCUGGCCCUCGAGUUCUUGAGCCGUCACAAUCUCCAGCUCUUCCUGCAGAACAGUCCCCAGCAGAAAUUCAGUCUCAUCCCCAAUCUCAUCCACGGGUGCCUCCACAAUCUCCAUCUAAGCCCCAAAGCCAAGCUUUAGACCGCAGUAUGUCUGAGAGGAAGAAGAAAGAGAAAGAUGAGAGGGAAGCAAUGGAAGCAGGCAUUGGAAAUAUUGCAAUUGGUGGUGCUUCUAAAUCAUUUAGAGAAAUCAAACCGACUGGAAACAAAAUCGCAGUAAACCCUUCAUCUAGAUAGUGCAUUGCCUUGAGCCUUUUAUUGAGUUUCUAUCAUCAAUCAGUUGAUGUAUUCUUAGCUUGUUCGUUACUGCAUUAAUGGUUUACCCACCUCAGUUCCAAUAUGUCCACUAAAUCCGGUGGCCAACCAAGCUGCUUGUGAACUUCAGGCUCCAUUGAUUAUUGUUUCAAAAGCCUGUGCUAAGGCUGAGAAUUGGACAAUUGUCGUCAGGAAAUGUGGGUGAGUUCUCUUGUUUGUACAGCCAUAUCAAAAGUCGUUUUUUUUUUUUUUGCAAUUUUAAAAAUGCAACCUAUUCAUGUAAGCUAGACUGUUGGGCCGCUUGCUUUUUUUUGGUAUACUUUCUAGUAUACAUCUGUAUUUGCUUAGCUACAGAUUGUGCACUCUGGGCUUCUAACUGUCAAUUAAUAUUUCAUGGUUUUUCCAUUAUUAUUUUUA